UAAUGAUCGUCACUUUUGUGGAAGCCAUUGAGGAUAAGUUAAAGUUAAUCAAUGUUGUGAAUUUGGAGUUAGACUUACUAAUUUUGAUACUAUACUUUGUAAAUUGUGCCCCUUUAAUAUUAUAAGUACCUGUGCAUUCCAUUGGGAAUAGUUUUCAAUUCAUUGAAAUGUAAAAAUCAGAGAAUUUUGUACAAUUUAUUCUUUGGCUUAUUUUUUACUAUGAUAAUAACUAAGGAAUGGUUCAUAUACAUUUUUAUUUGGGCCAUCUUAAUUUACUUUGUAAGUAAAAUGUUCAAAGAUCCUUAUUACCCAAUAUUUUUAGUUGGAUUCAUCAUCCUGUCAUACUGCCAUGUGUAUAGAUUAAUGGUAAUCCUAUAUAUAUGAUUUCUAUAUAGUAUGAUUACUUGAGUUGGAAGAUGGAUUAUAAUUGCAUCCAGAUGAUGAUAACUGCUCGUUAUAUAUAUUAUGCAGUUGACAAGUCAAAAAUCAAAGAGCACGAUUCUUUCCUUAUGUUCCUAUCUUACGUUUUCAUGUAUCCAAAUCUUUACCUUGCUCCACUUCCCUAUGUAAGCUUCGUUAAUCUGAUAAUUCGUAAAGAAGAUUUUACUCAUUAUUCAAUCAAACCUGCCCUCAUUAACUUAUUUAAGGCUAUAUUAUUUACAGCUGGUGAAUUGUUCAUCAGACCUAAAUUUGAUACUGAGGUUUAUUUUUCUGAAAACUGGACUCAUUACAAUUUAAUUCAAAAAGUUCUAAUCACAUAAGCAGUUUCAGUGGUAUUGAGAUUUCAAUAUUUUACUGCUUUUAAACACUCUUAAGCAGCUAUGGAUGCAUUUGGAAUUACUUAUAAUCCAGAAACAAAGAAAUGUGAUAGAUUUCCAGUGGCUGAUUAUCAUUAUGAUAUGGAAAAGAAUAUAAUGAAAAAAACAAUGAUGUGGAAUUCAAAUGUAUAAGUUUGGUUAAGGUAUUGUUUUUAUGAUAAAUUGAAUCAUUUGUUUGGAUCACAUACAUAUUAUGUAACAUUUUUAAUUAGUUGUAUUUGGUAAAUAUUAAUUUAUUAUAUUAGGCAUGGAUUCUAUAUGACUUAUUACUUAUUUUUUGUGUUUUGGGCUAUUAGUGUAUAAAUUUGCAAAUAUUUCUAUAAAGCUUAAUCAAAAUUUUAUUUGUAUAAUUAUGAAUUUAUUUAUAGCAUUCCUGAAAAGAUUAGACAUGCUAUAUGUUGGUUCUGGAGUUGUAUGACUAUUGAUCAUUUUGCAACAGGUAUGAAAGUGUUGGAUUGGAACAAGGCCAUUGAAUUCCAUCAAAGUGUUAAUUGGAUAAUACAUAUUUAAGCUUUGGUGUUAUUUGGAUUCUUUGCAAUUACAGGCUUUGGAUAAUAAAAGACAAUUAAAAAGAAGGAUUGAA